ACUCUCCUUAUGAAAAUUGAAGGAAGUGUGAUCGGGAUAUCCUGGAUAAAUGUAACAGAAAUACUGAAACACAUUUUAUUAUAUACAAUCAUCACGCACGAAAUAUGUUGCGGUUUUUUGUUCUUUUUUCAAUGUUUAGUAGCAUUUUACAAGACAAAAACUAUAUAUCAAACAUUUAUUUAAAAAAUAUAUUCCAAUAAAUUUUGUUACAUAGAUGUGUAUAUGUAUGAUUACACAUGUAUACGUAUAGAACACAUCACGCUUCAUUUAAGAGGAAAACCAUAAUAUGAUAAACAUAACAUGGCCAAUCAAGAAUUCGUUAUCUUACCUUUCCAAUUGCAAACAUUCCUUUUGCUCAAGCAAUGUUUUUUUCUCCAAUUAUUUUACAGUACAAUAUUUAACAGAAAUAUAUAAAUCAUAAGAAAAAAAAGAGACAAAUAAUAAUGAUGUUUAUGUAUACAAAUACAUUUCAUGUUUGUAAGCUAUUUGGAAAUGAUGUCUGCUUUGAAAAAAUACAGCGUUAGCCACAUGAUCAAUUAUUAUAGCAUGAGAAGAAACACUAGCUGCAAUAUUUUACUCAGACUUAUACAAAAUAUAUGAUGCAAAACAAAUGUAAAUUAGCAAUGCAACGAAGCUGGAUAAAAAAGUACUUUAUGCUGCUGGUAUCGCUCAAACUGAAACAUCAAUUAAAGCUUUAUAAAUAUAAUUGAUAAAAAUAUUAAUUUCUGAACAAAACUAACUCAUUAUUUUUAUCAUGUUGCACAGAAGAAAAAAGGAAGCAUUAAGCAACAUAAAAUUAAUAUUAUCCUGUUUAAUGAUUUGUACAUUAUAUUGCGAAAAGAAUCCACACAUUCGCUAGCUUAAGACUAUGCAGAAGAUGACGAGUCUGAGAGGAAAAGAAAGAAGAGAAAAUCUAAUUUAAAAAUAAUUAUAUACACUGAAAUCUCUUCAAAAUAGCUAAUGUGUAAAUCUCUGAAGCGGAUUAAAAAUAUAAUGAACAAUCUUACUUUUAUAUUGUCCGCGCGUGAUAAUGUGAAAGAUUUUAUUUUCGGUAAAUUAUAUAUGUAUAUAUAGAAACAUUUUCUCGAGAUGCUAAAUUAUUUCUUCUGAAAUAAUACAUAUGUGCAAGAUCCCAGAUAGCAUAUGUACGCACGAUUGUUGUCCCAUGACAAUUGAUCAUCAACAAUGGCAGAAAUUGAGUGGCCGUGGCAAUACAGUUUCCCUCCGUUCUUUACACUUCAACCUCAUGCGGAUACUAGAGCUAAGCAAAUAGCGGCCUGGAAGAAUUUAGUACUCGAGUACUAUCGUAUCACAAAGCAGGCCAUCGUGGACGUGCGAGAAGUGCACACAAAUCCUCUGUUCAAUAACGUCAAUAUAAAUAGAAGAUUGCCAUCUGAAACUGUGUUAAUAAUACUGGAAGAAUUGGGAAAAUCAGGAAACGCAUCUCCUUUGGAUAAAAGCAAACAGAGAUGGUUGGUUUAUUGGCACACUUUAGAGGAAUGGGGUGAUAUAAUAUAUAAUUGGGCACAGGAGAACGGUUUUAUUGGAUCUGUGUGCACAUUAUUCGAACUGACGCAAGGGGAAGACACGAUUGAGCAAGAAUUCCAUGGUCUCGACACAGAAGUGUUAAUAAGAUCAUUGAGGACACUGGAGGUUGCUAGAAAAGCAGAACUAAUUUUAUUUGAUGAUAAUCAAGGUGUCAAAUUCUAUUAACCCUUGGAAAGAACUACAAAAGUGUUACCGAAAAAUCGCGACUAUAGAUAUAUGUGAAAUAAAUUGAACUCUUGAAUAUAACUUAUAAAUAUCUGCAUUUAAAUAUAUGUUUUUGUCAAAUUUAUGAAUACAUAAGGAAUGUAAAGGAAAUAUUGUUAAAUAUAAGGUAAUAUUGUUUAUGUGUUCAUAAAUGUAAACAUUUAUUUAACAUAUUAGUAAUACAUCUUUUUCGUUUUUCUUAUAAAAAGUAAACCAAAAUCGCUAAGUAUACCUGAAGUUCGGGUGUAAGAAUCCGUGUAUUACAUGAAUAAUGAUUUUGUUAUCUGU